AUGUUCUCCGCAGACACCUCGCGGACUCAGUCGCUGCGUCCCAAACGAACACGUCAGGCAGCAGGCCCCGAAGACUCUCUCAAGUUACCUCAAGCGAAGCGGAAACGAUCUGCCCUGCGACGAGACACCUUCGAACCCCUGGCCGAAUCAAAGGUUGGUGAUCUGGGAGGGAAGGAUGCGGGUGAGGUUAAGAGCAAUGGACAUGCAGUUAUAGUGGCGCCGACAAAAGAAUUGACUUUGCGAGGAGCCAAAAAAGCAGACAAGCGCGCCGACAGAGCUGUCAACACUAAUGCUGGGGUGACUUUAUCUAAUAACGACUUCUACACCGUUGCCCAGCUUCCUGCGCUCCCAGACCAGAUCAGAAAUCGACCGAACAUCCAAUAUUCGUGUGUGAUUUCUCCCGAAUACGGCUACGCUUUGGCAUUGACGCAUACCGACGCCAUAAUUUGGCCGUACAACUCAACCGCAUCAACACCGCCGUCUCGGGAUGUCAUCACCUUCAAGUUGCCCUUCCCUCCAGCCUCGGUUGGUGACCCUCUACCUCAUGCAACAUUCACGGCAAAAUCUGCGAGCGGAGAACCCGGCAUCGUCGCAGUGUCGGCGAAAUGGGGCAAGAUCGUGUACUGGGAAACCCUUUCCAACGCUUCCUCUGUGAUACCCGGUCAAGCUUCAAGCGUCCAAGGAUCGAUACCAGGGAUGAUGAGUGGCGAAGUCGUUGAAGAGCUGGUUAAUGCAGAGCCAUCGGGAUUUAUCCUUUCACUCCGCCAUGGUCGUGUGGCGCACUUGACAAUACGUGAUCAGAUGGGCCGGCCUGGAAUUGGCGUCCAGUUCCUUCGCAAAUACACGAAUGCGGCAGGAGGUAUAUUUGGAAGCAUCAGAAAUGUUUUCGGCUCCGAUCGACGGAAAGGGAUACCCAUAAUCAAAGCUGGAGGCUCAAGAAAAGGACAACGCGAUGUCGUCAUCGCCACUGAGGAUGCUGAAUUAGAAUUCUGGAAUACAAAUCUGGCUGUCGGUAACUCGCUCGAGAACUCAUUCAACUUCAAGGACGAAAUUCUGGAAGCCUUACAAUCAGCGCAGCCGGAUGUUAUGCGCUUCAAAGUUCUGGAUGUGGAACUCUCGAUAGGACCGAGCAGUGCCCUUAGCCGACGAGACAGCCAUGGUGCCCCAAUGAUAGUCCUAGUUUCCAGCUCAACGGAACUGGAAACCAGGUAUCAUAUUAUCGAGAUGAUCGUCGACCAAGGGGCGAAAGUCAAAGUGGUGCACCCGAUUAAUUGCUUUUCUUCUUCAUCGACAGAAUCGAGCCUCUGGAGACCUCGACUAUGUGUUUCGAAAUCUCAACCUGUGGCAUUCAUUAUAUUCGAGACUGCCAUCGUGCUGUUCUCCCUGGCCAGAAUACGGGAAUCGCCAUCUUCUCAAUUGCUCAUGGAACGGGAGGCAUUGCCUGAACCCUUUCAAGAUUGCGUUCGAUUCCAAGAGUCGACUAUCUACGAGGUUCUUGGCUUCGCGCUUGAAGCUUCGGAUAAACACUCAUCUCUUGUCUUUGGGGUGCGAGGAUUUGGCAUGGUGAAACUAACUUCCCAUCUUCGCGAUGACGAGGAAGUCGAUGUGGAUGAGGCCGAAGAACGAGACCGAAUCACGGCGAAGAGCAAAAUAGAACAAGCAGUCUUCUUUGGCACCAUCAAACAAAACCCCCUGGACCUCAAGCAUGCCAACCAGACAUUUCCACCUGAGGAGAUUGAAGCAGCCGCUCUGGAGAUCAGCUCGGAGAUCUUGUCUUCCUCAUCCAAGCAUCUCCCCAAGUCAGCACCCUCAAUCGACAUGCAAAUGCGACUGCGCGCCAAAGCCCUCGACGAUCUGGCCGAACACGUGAUAAACUACUAUCCCUCGGCGGUAUCUCGCUCGACGCGUUUUGGAUUACUAUUGAACGCAGAAAAGCUGGCCGCUGCCCACGCAGUGUGGAAGGUUCAGGAAGAGAUUCAACGAAAAUACCCACAACCCGACCGCGAGAUGUCAUACUUGGAUUUCACCCUUCGAGCCUUGCAUGAGUCUCGGCAAAAAUAUCCCGACCCUGAAAAGGGGGAGAAAGAUCGGGUCAGACACUGGCUUGUGAAUAGUGUUAAGAACGUCGGCCAUCUUAUGUCUGAGUUAGUCAGCUGCAUCCCGGAACUUGAACCGAUGGAUGUAACAGAUCCCAGAGUGGUUGCCGACUACUUGAAAGAAGCCGUUGAUCUCUGGAUUGCAGCAUACUCCGCAGCCUUCAAGUUUCGUGAAGACAAUGCGCCUCUUUACGGACUUGGAGACGAGGUCUUCGAGAGUGGCGUACUUGUGUCUGGCUUUCCGAUCGAGAUUCCUCAUCCUUGGACAUCAACUCCGGAGCCGUUGCGAUUCGGACAGGGUCUCAUAUACGACAUCUGCAAGUUUUUGAACGAAUGGUGGGAGUUUGCUCAUGGGAGAAAUAAAAAGAAGAAAAUGCCAACGGAUCUAGAUGGAAAGCCUCAUGAAGCACCUAGUCGAAUGGCCCUUCAAGAAUUGGCCAGUCGUCUACCAACCGAACUCGAAUUAUUUUCCCGGCUGGUGCGCGAGGAGGUCAUUCAGGCGAAAUGCCAUCUAAAAGCCAACGAAACCGACCCCGACGCAUUGAAAGAUGAACUCAGCAACCUCGAGCGCGAGGAGCAAGAAAGACUGGGUCAAGCCCUGCAAGCUAUUGCAUUGUUCAACAUGCCCGGGGCGAUUCAGCUGGCGGAAAAGUUGAAAUAUUACGCAGAUCUUGUAACCCUCCACUACGACUACUACAAGCAACUGGUGGCUGAAGCUCAAGCUGACCCAACUCUCGCUGAAGACAAUCAACGCAAACUCGAGGAGAUGCAGGAGAGAGCUGAGUCCUACUAUGGUAGAUUUGGCAAAGGAUGGGCCUUUGCUGCUUUCAGUCAGAUGCUCAUUGACGGGGAGUGCGGAAGCCUUCUAGUCAAGGGCCAGGAGGAUGGAGAGAAAGAAAAAUUCCUCACCUGGUUCUUCAGGAUAGCUCCCAAGGCUCAUCAACAGCUCGGCAAACUCAGCUGGAUCCACGAUGUUAUCUCGUGCGAUGAUUUCGACCAUGCAGCAAGGACACUUCAGGAGGUAGCUGGGGAGGAGACCAGCAAUAUUUGGAACAAGAAGACCGAGUUGGCACUCGGUAAGCUAGCUACCUUGGCUGCGGACGAGGGUAGCGGCAAGCACAGGGAUGUGAAAGCAUACGAUGAUGCUCUUUCGAUGAUCGCCAUUCAGGAGCAGGUCUACCGCCACGUCAUGGGAUUGGUCGGUGCAGCCCUCGAUGAGAAAGCCGCGAGCGAUCUGGCUGGGGAGAUCUUUGCCUGUCGAGUCGUGGCAAAGACGCCCGCUUUAAAAAGAGAGCUGAAGCAGCUCUUAAAAACCUUGAUGCAUCAGACACCCUUGACCGCGGAAGAACUGGUCAACCUGCUGACGUUGAUGGAUGCGAAAGACUGGACCGGACCUCCUGAAGAGGAUCCUGAAGUCAACGGUCAGGAGUUUAUUCUCGCUCUGAAAAUUGUGGAUGAAUCUCACCUGCCGGCUCCGAAACGAGAGGAUCUUCGUGCGCUUGUCUGGAGAAGGGCGAUGAUCCGCGACGAGUGGCUUGCUUUGAAUGAGACUGGCGGCAAAGACGACCAGCGGGUGGAGGAAGAGAUGCAUCAAUCCUGUCUGUUCCGCAUUCUACAACAUGUUUUCCUGCAGGAACAGACUGAGGGGACUCCGGCUCGUUUAUUUUCACCCAGCGACCUCCUGCGCCAUGACGCAUUCCCCGUCAGUCUCCAAGAUCGGUUGGCUGAAAGUGAAGUGGAAGGCCUUCGCAAGGACAUGGAAAAGGAACAGGCCAAACUGAGAAGUUUUAUAGAGAAGGGACGACUGGAGGAUCAUUAUGGGGGGCUGGUCACAUCUGCACAAAAGAGUGUGAGGGACGCCGUUGACCGACAGGGCGAGCAAUUAGCUGAGCAGGUCCUUUGA